AUGCAGUCGGCUGUGGCGGGUCGACCAGCAUGGGUCAAGUACGCUGUCGUAGGCGGCGUUAUCGUGGUAGCAGGUAUCGUCGGUGUCGUGUGGAAUAGCAUCUCCGUCCAGGCCACACCAACCUCGUCCACAACCACGGAAAACCAAACCACGACCACGCCGACGCCAGCAGAUAUCGCCACGUCAUACCCGCCACAGUAUGCCGAGUUCUACACCUCCAUGUUUGCCAACAUGGACGCCACAGUGGACCCGUGCGAGGACUUCUACCAAUACGCGUGCGGCGGGUGGCUCGACGCCAACGACCUCACCGACACGGAUAGCUACAUCGACACGUCGUUCUCGAUUGUGAACAAGAACAACGACAAGAUCAUCCACGAUAUCAUGGCCACCAAGCCUGACGUGAUCGAUCCGUUCUACCAAGCAUGUGUGGCGGAACCAGCUGUGAAUGGCGAGGCCGUGGCCGAUGUGACCACGCAGCUCCGCCACAUUGCCACACUCGAUUCAGUGGACGCGUUGCUGGCGUAUGCUGGCGCGUUGGCCGUGACCACCACGACCAAGUCGUUUUUGGACAUUGACGUGGGCGUCGAUCCGAAGAAUGCCACGGUGAAUAUGCUGUACCUUUUGCAAGGAGGGUUGACGCUGUCGUCGGCCGAGUACUAUGCCAACGCGGCCAAGUACUUUGGUCCUUUGAACGAGUACAUUGCGAACUUGUCAGCCGCGCUCGACCACCACCCGUUUCAAACGAGAAAUCAUGGAUCGGACAUGAUUGCCCAGACCAUUUUUGACUUUGAAGCACAAAUUGCCAACGUGUCGCUUCCCCGAGCGCAAUUGCGAGACCCGUGGGCUACGUAUCACAAGUUUGACCUGCAAGAUGUCCACCCGUUUGUGGCGACCUACGUUCAAGGCAUGAACCCAUUGUGGGGGACCAACCAAACCGUGCCGGUGCUGGUUCCAAGCCCCCAGUUCUUGGAAGGACUGGCCAAGUUGGUGGCCAACACUGACUUGGCUGUGCUCAAAACGUACGUCAGUUUCCACUUGGUGCACACUCGCAGCCCGGUCUUGGGCGACACGUUUCGCGUGCUCACUCACAACUUUCGCAGCGCCACAGAAGGCCUACCGGCCGUCGAGUCCCGGCAAGUGUAUUGCACGAACCUCGUGAAAUCGUAUUUGGGCGAGUACUUGGGCCAGUUGUACUUGGACAAGGCGUUCCAGCCGUCGGUGAAAGCUCAAGCUAAAGCUCUGAUCCAGCAAAUCGAAGACGCCAUGACCGAUUUGAUCCAUCAAGUGGACUGGCUGGACGCCCCCACCCGCCGCGUCGCAUUGGACAAAGUCGCAAAGAUCGCCAACUUUGUCGGUGGGCCGGAUUCGUUUGAGCCCCUGCCGUUUCCCCUGAACGCAACCAAUUUUUACCAAAACGUGCAAACUCUCGACAGCCUCGCCAACAACGCCACGUUAAACAAGCUCGGCAACCAAGUGGAUCACACCAAAUGGACCAUGUUUGCCUUUACCGCGAAUGCGUACAACGACGCAACGGCCAAUAAGAUGGUAUUUCCCGCGGCGUUUCUGCAAAAGCCAGUUUACGGCGCGAGCGAGUUCCCCGCCGUGGCCAACUACGCGCGCAUCGGAGUCGUGAUGGGCCAUGAAUUGACUCAUGGCUUUGACGACCGAGGCCGCAACUUUGACCCGUCGGGGCAGCUGGCCCACUGGUGGACCGCAGACGUCAAGGACAAGUUCGAGUCGAACACCCAAUGCCUCGUGGACCAAUACUCGACCUUCCCCGUCGAAUCUCUAGAUAAGAAGACUGUACUGGGGUACGUGAAUGGUCGCAUGACGUUGGGAGAAAACAUCGCCGACAACGGGGGCUUGAAGCUGGCGUACAUGGCGUACCAAAAGGCCAAGCAGGCCGACCCGACGAUUGCUGACAUUGGGUACGACGACACCAAAAUGUUCUUCACGGCGUUUGUCCAGGGAUGGUGGUGCUUUAAAGCCACCGACAACUUUUACACCAACUUCCUACACAUGGACCCCCAUUCGCCCGCCGAGUGGCGCGCCAAGGGGCCGAUGAUGAACUCGCUGCUGUUUGCCGAUGCAUUUCAAUGUCCGAAGGACUCCCCUAUGAACCCGGCCAAGAAGUGUGUCGUUUGGUAGUACUAUAUGUAGCGCCGUCAGUUCACGAAAGUUAACGAAAUGGCCUUGUUGAUCACA